AUGAACGAAAGUUUAAUGAACCCAGAGGAUUCUUAUCGUCUAGAAGGAGUGAUUGGUGAAGGAUCAUAUGGUCAAGUGUAUAAGGCUACUCAAUUAGAGAACGGGAAGGUUGUUGCAAUAAAAAUAGUUCCAACAACAGGGGAAAUAGAAUCAUUGAAAAGGGAAAUUCAAAUACUGCGUGAUUGUAGAAGUGAUAACAUAGUUAAAUACUUUGGAUCGUAUCAUUCAAAUGGACAAUUAUGGUUAGUGAUGGAAUAUUGUGCAGGAGGAAGUGUCAUCGAUUUAGUUAAAGCAAUGAGUUUUAAUGGUUCUUCAUUGCCCGAAGAGUUAAUAGCCACUAUCCUAUAUCAAACACUUAAAGGAAUUGAUUACAUGCACAAUCAUAAGAAGAUCCAUAGAGAUAUUAAAUGCGGAAACAUCCUCAUCGAUCACAUUGGCAACAUCAAAUUGGCUGAUUUCGGAGUCUCAACUUAAUUGGUGCACACAAUGGCUGACACAGACACAGUUAUUGGCAGUCCCUUUUGGAUGUCUCCAGAGAUCCUCUUAAAGUCUCGUUAUAAUAAGAAAACUGAUAUCUGGUCGUUAGGUAUCACUGCCAUCGAAAUGGCCGAAGGAGAACCACCCUAUGCUCAUAUUCAUCCAAUUAGGGCCAUGUUUGCAAUUAAGAACAAUCCACCAAACUCAUUGACUGAUCAAACCCGAUGGUCGAAAGAAUUCAAUGCUUUUGUUAAGAAGUGUCUGAUCUUGGAUCCCAAAGAGAGACCAUCCACUAAGGAAUUGUUACAGGAUCCAUUCUUCUAGAGAUUCUGCAAGAGUAGAGAGUAUGUUCAAUAGUUUAUGAUCAAGAAUUCUAAGGUGAUCGAAAACUACAAAAGGUAAAAAUAGAAUAAACAACACGAAUAACAAUUCGAGUAAUCCCAGGAAAAGGGAAUAGUCUAAUUGGAUACUCUGGUUGAAUGUGAAGAGGAGGAGGAUUUGGGAACUAUGAUUGUCAAUGACAUUGAUGCUAUACCUAUGAAUGAAACUGGAACUAUGUUAGAACAUCAAUAUCAGGAUGUUGAAGUUUAUGAGAAGGCCAUGAAUAGAGUGUCUGAAUAUGGCUUAUAGAGUCUUAAUCAAAUGAGAACACCUGUCACUGAAUCUCCUUUUAGAAAAUAAAAGUAAAUUGAAGACAAAAUUCAACAAUUGAAUGAGGAGAUGAACAACGAAAUCAAAAAGAUUAAACAAAAAUAUGGAGAUCAAAUUCAAUCCUUAUAAAAACUGUUACAGCAAGUUUCUGUGCAAAAACAUGAAUCCCAUAAAUCAGUGCAUGAAUAAAAGUUGAUCCCACAAUCAACCAAUUACUAUAGAUAACUAGAUUUCAAACACAAGACUUCUGCUCCUUCAACUCCUGUUUAAAUGCAAACUAAGUAGAAGUCCUAACAAGAAAACAUCAAUUUGGAAAAUCAAUUGAAACCAACUAAAUUUUAAUAAACUAAUUUACAAAAAUUGCAAUUAUAAAUAUAGAAUAGAAUACAUGAUGCUCCUAAAGUAGAUAAUAAUUCAAAAAUACUAAAACAAUUAAUUAACAGAAAGAAUUGA